AUCACAUCACCUUCCCUAUCAGGACCACCUAGGAGUGUUCAGACAUUGUGAUAAUUUUAUACAUUUCAAAAAGAUUUGGAGCAAGUCGCAAGUUGCAAGAUGAUGAUGUUCAGGUUUUUGAGCAUACUGUUUGUCAUACAUGUUCAUGUAGAAGCAGAUAAUGUUGCGAGUAAAUAUGACCUGGACAUAGAUGAAGUGAAGCAACAAAUGGACAGUAAACUGGCUAUGAUUGAUGGUAAAUUGAGAGAAAUGAAAAUGAGAAUGGAUGCAUUGGCUGGAGACAAUGUAAAACUGAAAAUGAAAAUGGACUCAUUGGCUGGAGAAAAUGUUAAACUGAAAAUGAAAAUGGACUCAUUGGCUGGAGAAAAUGUUAAACUGAAAAUGAAAAUGGAGUCAUUGGCUGGAGAAAAUGAAAAAGUAAAAACAAAAAUGGAUUCAUCGGGUGCAGGUGAAGAAAAUUUAAAGGCUAAACUGGGGGACAAAAAACAGAUAAUGCAAAAUAUGAAAACACUGACAAAGGAAGACAUUAAACUGAAAGCAAGUGCAAGAUUUAAUACACAUGUAGAUACUUUGAUUGAGCAAAACUUGAACCUGAAACAGAUAAUUGAAGACAUAAUAGAGAAUAAUAGCACAUAUGUUGAGACACCUGUGACCACCUAUAUAAGAUGGGGUCGAAAUGUCUGUCCUGCUGGCGCCACUGAGGUGUACAGAGGAUAUGCUGGGGGAACAUGGUUUACUGAGCCUGGUGGUGGAGCAGACUAUCAAUGCCUCCCUAACAGACCACAGUGGGGAAGGUUUACAGAAGGUAUCACUACAUAUUCAGCAGUGAUGCAUGGUACAGAAUAUCAAGUAAUAUCAGUACCUAAUAUGAGAAACCCAUUUUUAGGGACCAAUGCACCAAUUCCAGGCAAUCCAGAGUCUCUUCAUGAUCAGAGUCCUCUGUGUAUUUUAUGUAGUGUGCCACGUCAAGAGACUUUGAUGAUCCCAGCAUGGAAGACAUGCCCUGAAGGCUGGACCCUUGAGUAUCAGGGUUACUUAAUGGCUGAACAUAGGGGACAUGCAAGUAGUAAGAGUUUUAUAUGUAUGGAUGAAGCCCCAGAGGCUGCAGCUGGAGGCAGGGGGAAUCAGAAUGGAGCAUUGUUCUAUCCAGUUGAGGCCACAUGUGACACCCUUCUAUGUCCCCCUUAUAUACAUGGUGGGGAGUUAACAUGUGCUGUUUGCACAAAAUAAACAUCAGUCACAAUGCAGUACUGAACAAUGUUAACAAUACUGGCAAAAUAGCUUA